AUGUUCCCAACUGCCUCCUUCAACGGAUACAACAUGUUGUACAUGGCGCACCCAGUUUGCCCAGUCCUGCCCGUCCUCCAGCCAGUCCAGGGCAUCUACGGGGCUCCACCGAUGGUCUAUGGAGUCCUGCCGGCCCUCCCAGCAUUCUGCCAGCCUACGCUGGUCUUUCAACAGCGCCCAAUGGAAUUUUGCCCUCAGGGCAGUCACGGACAAGCAAGCCGAAAAAGUGGUGAUUUUUCGGUUCAACCAGCUCAGGAAUGCCCCACAACGUCGUCUUCGCCAUGCCUUAGCCAGGAGUCGUCUUCAGGCUACUUUUCGGACAGUGAAGCCGGCUCAUCUCCCGGCCUAGUCCAAUAUCGCUUCCGGGAAGCGCCUCCGGCUGCAAAACGGCUUCCAAUCUUCGAAGCCGUCCACAAGAAGGGCCUCAAGGAGCUACAGGAUCGUCAGAGAGUACUUCAAAAUGGCCGAAUGCUCCAAUGCCCUGAGGGCAAAUCCAAACUGCCUGAGGAAAAGAAGCUACGCCGACGAUUCAAAACAAUUCUAUGUAAGAAUUUUAUGGCUGGAUCAUGUCCCUAUGGAGAUGACUGCAACUUUGCCCAUGGAGAAAACGAACUGAGAGUCCCAGAACUGCCAAAAAAUUACAAGACAAGGCCUUGCGCAAAUUUUAUGUUGAGAAAUUUCUGUCCAUUAGGGAAAAAGUGUGACUUUAUCCAUUAA